CUCAACACCCAACCAACUUAACCAACCAACCAACCCAGUCAGUGUAACGCAGCGCCACCAUGAGCCCUCGCAGAAGCAAAAGCAAAAGCAAAAGCAAAGGCAAGGCUCCCAUGUCCGCUCCCAUGCAAUCGCCCUCGUCCUCGUCUCCUCCUCCACCCCCAGCCUGGAACUACCCCACAAGCACCCAUACGCCGGCCGAGCUCAUGGAAAACUUCGAGAAGCUCCAAGGCGCCCACAAAGCUGCGUUCAUACGGUUUCUAGCCAGAGACAUCGGCAACAUCCUCAACAAUGUCACCAAGGGCGAAGAGGCCGGGCAUCUGACCAAGGAAGAUGUCGAGCCUGUUUAUCGCAUGCUGGAGAUCGUCCGUGACGGUGAGCUUGCAGAACUCCGAGCCCAGAAGAAGAGAUUGUCUGCGCAGGUGAUACGGUUGCGGGAGGAGAACGACCAGAUGGCGGAGCAGAUCCAGCGGAUGGCUGAUGUGAUGGAGAGCUUUGUGGGGCACCUGGAGAGGGUUGCUGGGAUGGAUAGGGCGGCGGCGAUGAGGUUUUUGAAGGUGGUGGAGGCGAGGGAGGAGAUGGAUAUGUCUGGAUGAAUGAGUGGGAUUGUGAUGGGAUGGUUCUGUUAUUUGCUUAUUGCUUUCGGUGGAUUGUUUUUUUUUUUGUUGUUGAUGGAUGGGAGCUAGGGUUAAGGGAAUGUAUGUUCUGUUCG